UUUUUUUUUUUUUUUUUUUUUUUUUAAAUAUUUUGUCCGAAAGCUUUGAAAUUUGCACACGAGGAAGAAGUAGAAAAAAUCGCCAGAGGGAGAAAAUGAGGGAAACCGAGGGAAAAUAAGGGAAAAUACGGAUUUUUCUCGGUAUCCGAACAGCUUUUUUUCUCUUCUUCUUGAGUUGCAGUGACUUGCUGAUUCACAGAAAAUUUCUUCUGCGAAGCUAUGCCUGUGUUCUGGAGUGAGUUUCGCAGGAGCAUUGCUGUUUUCAGGUUAUAAACUUAUGUGGCCAGUGUGAUAUGCUUUGGAGGUGCUUUGGCUCAUUGGAGAACAUCGUAUAUUGUUGAAGCCAUAAGAAUUCUUGGUAACGAUAACUGAAGCUGGAAAUUUGCUGGAUUGUUGCCUGUUUGAGCACCUACUGUAGGUUUUAUUCCAUUUCAUUUUUAUAUUGGCUGAUAAACUUUGUCUGCAAGUGAAGAAUGUGCUUCGGUCAGUUUGGGAUUGACUAAUUUGUGUUAUACACGAUCCUGAUGGUGUUUACAUCCAAGUCUUAUGCCCAUUGAAGUUUAAUUAGAUGGAGGAAACCAAAAACAUAUAAACAAUUUCAAUAUAAUUCCAUGGAACCUGGAAAUGGGAAAUUUUACCCUGAAUCUCAGAGCUUUAUGCUGGACCCAACAACUGCCAUAAAUACUGAUACAAGACCUCCAGAGUUUAACAAUUUGGAAGUUAAACCUGUGCGUAAUUACUCCAUACAGACAGGUGAGGAGUUUGCCCUGGAAUUUAUGCUUGAUCGGGUGAAUCCAAGGAAUCAAUUCAUUCCAGAUACUGCUGGUGAUCCCCACUAUGUACCAAAGUAUACAGAAUUGAAAGGGAUUUUAGGCAUCAAUCAUACAGGGUCUGAAAGUGGGUCAGAUAUCUCAAUGCUUACAAUUGUAGAAAGAGGCCCAAAAGAGUUUGAGAGAAAGAACUCUGCUUUAUAUGAAGACAGAAGUUACUAUGGUUCUGUGCAAUUGGUGCCACGGACUUCAUCAGGGCAUGAUAGCAGUCGAGGAGUAAUUCAUGGGUAUGCCUCUUCUGGAGCAUCUGAUAGCUCAUCUACAAAGAUGAAAGUUCUAUGCAGCUUUGGUGGUAAAAUCCUUCCCCGGCCUAGUGAUGGAAAACUCAGAUAUGUUGGAGGUGAAACACGUAUUAUUCGAAUAAGAAAGGACAUUUCUUGGCAGGAGCUUGUGCAGAAAACGUUAAUGGUCUUUAACCAAGCUCAUAUUAUUAAGUAUCAGCUUCCUGGGGAGGACCUUGAUGCCUUAGUUUCUGUUUCUUGUGACGAGGAUUUGCAGAACAUGAUGGAGGAAUGUAAUGAACUAGAAGAUGGAGAAGGAUCAAAGAAACUGAGGAUGUUUCUGUUUUCUACAAGUGACUUGGAUGAUGCUUAUUUUGGCCUGGACAGCACAGAUGGUGAUUCAGAGAUUCAGUAUGUUGUUGCUGUCAAUGGCAUGGACAUGGGAUCGAGAAAAAACUCAACUCUGCAUGGUUUGGUAGGCUCUUCCUCAAAUAAUUUGGCUGAUUUAGAUGGGCAAAAUAUUGAGAGGAAUGCCACUAGAGUUGCAACGGACUCUGUUGGCAUCAGCACUCUGCCUUUGACAGGCACUAUCGUCCCACCAUCCACAAUUCAAUCUUCUCAACCAAUUCUACCAAAUUCUUCCAGUGCUUAUGAAGCUGACCCACCGUUUUACCAUGGCCAGAUGAUCUAUCAUGGAGAAACUAGUCAGCACAUGCUGCAUUAUGGUUAUCCUUCUCAUCAAUCUAAUUGCACACCAUAUCAAGAAAGUACUAAUCUGAUGCCAGUUCAUGGGCUGAUGACUCAACAAGAAGGCUAUGCUGAAGGGCAGCCAUACAUUGGCUUGCAAGUUCAGGAUCCAAGUGUGCUAGUGAAGGAGGUAACUCUAAAAAAUGAUGCUUCAAUUCAGCAAGAGAAUAUUCCUGAAAAUAUCUCUCCUUCAAAAAAUGAUUGUCUCAUACCAUCACAGCCAUCUGAUGGUGAGGUGAUGGAUCGCAUUCCAGUUGAAGAAGCAUUAGUCUCCAUUUCUUCACUGGAUCAAUUUCCUUCAGGAAAUAAGGGAAAGCACCACAAACCUGUGGAGAUCUCUUCUUCUGUUGAUGCUAUGAAUCAGGCACAGGUUCCUAAAUCUGAUUAUGAUCAUCAUCCCGCAUCAAGUAGUCCAUUUGCUCCUGUAUAUGCUGACCCUGGGUCUGGUCUAAUGGAUUUGAGCUACCUGGAGCCACCUGUGCUUCCUCAGAGGGUCUAUUAUUCUGAAAGAGUUCCCCGGGAGCAGGCAGAGCUGCUCAAUCGGUUAUCAAAGUCUGACGAUUCACUUGGUUCUCAGUUUCUUAUAUCCCACUCACGAUCUGAUAUUGAAAAGCAGGAUUCAGUCGCCGAAUCCACUGACAAACUGCGGAAUGGAAAUCUGGCUCCUCAAACUGAACAGUCCGUCUCAACUGGAGAAGCUAUGGUUGAGGAUAUGGCUGUUAAGGCUGACCAUGGAACAACCGGCACCAAAGAUAUUCCUAGGAAACUCCUGGUUGAUGGAACAACUGAACCUGGAUCAGAACUGCCUGCAAUGAAUCAAGUUGCUUCUGUUAAGCACUGUCAGGAUCCUCUAUCUACUCCACCGGAGCUUGAUCAGGGUGAGAUGUCUGGAAAGGAUUUCACUAGUAAUAACACUCUGGGAGUGGGGGAUGCUCAAACUUUUGCUUGGACAGGAAGCUCUGUUGGUGUUUCCACGCCUGAGCAGGGAGAUAUCCUUAUUGAUAUCAAUGACCGGUUCCCUCGUGAUUUCCUUUCCGAUAUAUUCUCCAAAGCUGUACAUUUUGCAGAUUCCCCUGACAUUAGCAAACCACAAAAAGAUGGAGCUGGCUUGAGCUUAAACAUGGAAAAUCGUGAACCUAAGCAUUGGUCAUACUUUCAGAAGCUAGCACAGGGUGGAUUUGUUCAAAAUGAUGUUUCUCUUAUGGAUCAAGAUCAUCUUGGAUUUUCAUCGGUCCUUACAAAGGUCGAAGAAGAAGUGUCUAAACCUUAUCAAUUUACGCCUUUAAUGGCAGAUGAGGUUUUGAUAGGCCAGUUGGACUCACGAAUAAGUUUUGGUGAAGAAAAUCAGAAAGAAUCACCACCUGGUAGGAUUGCUGCUGACAGUACUGAUUUGCAUUCAGAUUACAGUCCUUCUGAAAUAAAGGAGAGUGACAGUGUACAAUUUGAUCGUAUGAUUGAGAACCUCAGAACACCAGAUUCAGAGGGCGAGGAUGGGAAAAUGGAAACCAAGAAUAUUGGUCGACCUCCUCUAGAUCCUUCUAUUGGAGAUUUUGAUAUCAAUACUUUGCAGAUCAUAAAGAAUGAAGAUCUUGAAGAGCUGAAGGAACUGGGUUCUGGUACUUUUGGGACCGUCUAUCAUGGAAAAUGGAGGGGAUCAGAUGUUGCCAUUAAGCGAAUAAAGAAGAUCUGCUUCACAAGUCGUUCAUCGGAGCAAGAAAGAUUGACCAUAGAAUUCUGGCGAGAAGCUGAUAUUCUCUCAAAGCUUCACCAUCCAAAUGUGGUGGCAUUUUACGGUGUAGUGCAUGAUGGACCGGGAGCAACAUUAGCCACUGUCACUGAGUACAUGGUUGAUGGUUCUCUUAGGCAUGUUUUACUUCGCAAAGAUAGGUAUCUUGAUCGCCGCAAGCGGCUCUUAAUUGCUAUGGAUGCUGCAUUUGGAAUGGAAUAUUUGCACUCAAAGAAUAUUGUGCAUUUUGAUUUGAAAUGUGACAACUUGCUUGUGAACUUGAAAGAUCCCCUACGACCCAUUUGCAAGGUUGGUGACUUUGGCCUGUCAAAAAUAAAGCGAAAUACUUUGGUUUCUGGUGGCGUAAGGGGGACCUUACCAUGGAUGGCACCAGAGCUGCUUAAUGGUAGCAGCAAUAAAGUUUCUGAAAAGGUUGAUGUGUUCUCCUUUGGUAUCGUGUUAUGGGAGAUUCUCACUGGCGAGGAACCAUAUGCCAACAUGCACUAUGGUGCAAUCAUAGGAGGCAUUGUGAGCAACACAUUGAGGCCAACCAUUCCAAGCUCCUGUGAUCCCGAAUGGAGAACCCUAAUGGAGCAGUGCUGGGCUCCUAACCCUGCAGUCCGGCCAUCUUUCACGGAAAUCACCGGUCGCCUAAGGGUGAUGUCUGCAGCAGCCCAAACUAAAACACCAGGUCAUAAGGCUUCUAAAUAAUGGUUCACUUGGAUUCUGCCGUGAGUUAGCAUAUUUAUUCAUUCAAUUGUACACUCUCUAUAAGAUAAUGUGUCAUAUAUAUUCAUUUUAGUGUUUGGGAAAAUUGGCUCCCACAAUUGUUUUUGAAAUGUGAGGUCUAAAUAGGUUUCCUAUUUAAAAACUAAAACGUACAUAUAUAUGCAUGUUUAAUUUACAAUAUCUAUUGGUUUUAUUAUUAAUUUAGUACAUAUUUUUCA